GAUUGAUUCAGUCUGUUUUGUGCGUUAAAAUCGGUCCAUCGGGUGAAAUUGGAAUCAGCAGAGUCACGAUAGAGAUAGCGAGGAAGGAAGGAUGCCGUUGAGCGCGACCGUCGUUGGAGCCCUACUGGGGUUGGGGACUCAAAUGUACUCCAACGCCCUCCGCAAGCUCCCUUACAUGCGCCAUCCAUGGGAGCAUUUGCUGGGAAUGGGGUUGGGGGCGGUGCUCGCAAACCAGAUGGUCAAGUGGGAUGCCAAGGCUCAGGAGGACCUUGAUAAGUUACUCAUCAAGGCCAAGCAAGCCAAUGAAAGCCGCUACUUUGAUGGGAAUGAAGACUAGAAGGUUGCUGCAGUUAAAGCAUGUAUUGUUUUGGAAUUCCCUAAACCUGAGCACUCUGUUCACCCUAGAUGGAAACCUGUGUGGUGUCAUUUGAAGAUGAUGGCAUUAUGUAAUUUUAUUUUGUUUUUUCCAAAAAGAAUAAUGAAUUCUAUAAUCCUUUGCAGAAUAUUUAGAUUGUGCAUUGUCACUUGAGUUCUGCCAGUCAUUGGCCAAACACAUGCUCCUCGUGAGCAGGUUGAUGCAGGUGCAGUCAAUGAUAUUAUAGUUGUCUGGUGCAAUAAAGUAAUGCAUUCAUCCUAAAA